AUGUUGAAAGGAAAGGCAAUCAAGAUCGAAGAUCCAUUACCUGAAGAUUUGAUAACUGAGAUUCUAUCAUGGCUGCCGGUGAAAGCUCUACUGCAAUUCCAGUGCGUUUGCAAGUCAUGGUAUGCGAUCAUUACAAGCCAAGCUUUCAUAUCCAAGCAUCUUAAUAAUUACUAUGACAACUAUGACGAUAGUGAUACUUUCCUUGCUCAGUAUUUCGUAACGAAAUUAGGAGAACUUGCGUUGUAUGAAUUCUUGGUAGAUGAAACAUCUACAAUUUUAUCAUACGAAGAACUGCGUGAUAGGCCCAUAUAUAAUUCCUUUAUCUGUAGUCCUUGCAAUGGGAUAUUCUACCUAGACCGUUAUUCUUAUAGGGAUCAUCGUGCUCUAUGGAACCCUGCAACCAAUGAACUGAAAACCAUACCUCCGCUAAUAAGGAAACCCAAUCUCCCAUCCCUUAGCUUUUAUGCUGGUGUCAAGGAAGUUUUUGGUUUUGGAUUUGAUAGAGUAACUAAAGAUUAUGAAUAG